UGUCUGUAUUCGCUCUGACAAACGGAAUUAUUCAAAUUAAGUGAAGAAAGAAGUACUUGCAUGCAUAUCAAUAUUACAAUUUAUAUGAUUUAUUUAUCUAUAAUAGACAUUAUCCUAAAAAAUACGAUAAUUUCGAUCCAUGUACGAUAAUUUUUACUCCCCUGGUACGAUAGUCAGACAACUUCAAGUUGUUAACGCUGUCAGUGCAGUGUUUACUGUUUACACUUCACUGUUUCGUUAUUUGUGUUAUCCAAAAUAAAUAAUAAUUUCAUCAGCUUCAAAGUUCACAAUAUGUAUACCUAGAUACUUCCUCACCUCAGUAGAUGGUACAUACUUGCAGUUUGCACUUUACCACUGCAACUGUGAUUUGUGCUAAGCGCAAAGAAAUAAGAAUAUUCCGUUUUCUCAUACCAAAUAGAUUCUAAAGGAUGACUUCCAACACCAAUCAGGAUAGUACCAGCACAGAUCAAUUAGUGGAUGAUAAAUUAAUAAAUUUGACGCCAGUAGAGAUACAACAAGAGUAUUUUGAAAAUUUAGAUGGUUGUGACUGGGUUAAGUAUGAGCUUUGUAAUAGAGGACAUUUAAUAAAAAACUUAGCAUUUGCAUUGUUUGGAGCACCAAGUGAAAUGGAAGAUUUGUUAAUAAUAUCUAAUGAUGAGGAAGAAAAUAACUUGGCAGGGUAUACAUCCAGACAAAAGGAGCAAGUGGUGAAGGUGUACGAGCAGAUCUAUGAUCAAAGAAAAUAUUCAAAGAAUAAUGAGGAUAUUGUCAUGUCAGUAUUACUGAUAGUCUGUGUGAGGCCCAAACCACUACCAUUUUACAAAUUAUCACCCUCUGAUUAUUGGGUAGACUUACAUAAGAAAAAUGAUGUUGAUAUUUGGUGUACUGCUGUUUUUCGAGUGAGAAAAUGUACUCCGACAACAAGUGACGUCACAUGUUGUAAAGUGUUCAUUGAUGAUAAUGCGAGAGUUUAUCAAGAUUGGCAGUCAUUCUUGACAAAUAAUACGUUACCGAAAUGUGUAAUAGUUGCUCCUGAGAAUGGUGAAUAUAAAGGAAUGCUAGUAGAGGGAACAGAAGAGUUUGUUGUGAAACUUACUGUGAGCCCGUCUGCUUCUUUGGGCCUAUCGGCUGUAGUGCUAGGCUCGGCAGACACAGUGAGUACUAUGGCUUCGGUUGGAGCUCUUGGGGUGAUCGGUGCCUCUGCAUUCACCCCAGUAGGUCCCAUAUUGUUGGGUGGAGCUGCAGUUGCAACAGUUGGUAGUGCAGUAUAUGGUAUUGUACGUUCUUCAAUGCAUCUUCAUGAUCGUCGAAUUCAUAAACAGAGUAUAAGUCCGUUGAAGGCUGAAGCACGUGGUAGUUGGUUGAACAUAGCAGGUUCCAGUAUCGGUCUCGGUGCGGGUGCUGCUUCCAGUCUUCUAGCUAAGUCUGCUGCUGCAGGCACUAACCUAACUACGGUUGGCAAAGCUCUUGCAACGUCUGUCGAAAUUCUACGACACGCAAACCUGUUAACUGGAGGCAUUGGUGUUAUUAAUAGUAUUGUACACUUCGCUACAAAUUACAAUAAACAUGGCGAGAAACCCACGAAACUUGAGCUGCUCCAGUUCUCAACGGCCACUUUAUUCUUCUUUCAAGCUGCGAUUUCGAAUCGGACAGCACAAAACAUUAUCGAAGACGCACAAACGAAAACCAUAAACGAGUAUCGGGCUUCGCUUAGGAGCAACAGGCACAGGAAAAUAUUUGACAAACUAAGCGCUGAAUCUCGACGAGUACAAGGCUCGAUACAGGGCAAUACUGAAGUUAUAAAGGGUAUAAACAACAUCAGUAACAAGGAUCAGUUCUUCAGCAGUGUUCUGAGAAUCAACAAAGACGUGAACGAGAAUAAGUUGAGAAUAUCUAUGACAUCUGACGGUCGGGUCAAUUUAAACCAAGCGUACAAAAUUGAUCCCGCGGAUUUGACUACCUUGAGUAAGGAAGGUAGAGCCGAGCUUUUCUCGACUGUUCUAUCGUCUGCAGUUAAUGCGCCAAAUGUCCCGACCAAACUAACUCCUCCGGCAGCAGGUAACAUUUACAGCGCAGAGGAAGAGAACAAGAGAGGGGUCAACAAUAUAAUUGUAGGAAUACGUCCAGAAGAGGUUUUGAGGAUCGGUUUGCAUUUGAUACGCGUUAGUGCGUCGGGGGCUAACUCUGUGGCGUCCCUCUUGGAAGAUCUCAGUCAAGAAGCCCACGCAAAUGUCAUGACGGUAGUGCUUAAUAUAAUCUCGAAGUUAAUCCCGGAAGAAAUAGCAAAAUUGAGACUUCUUAGCCCUGAUGAAGAUCUUAUAACUCAAGUCGUUAAAUUUAUGUUAUAUUAUUUAAAAAAUGAAAGGCCUUUUGGAUCGCCGUGUGCACAUAAUGAUAACAGCCUAGUGGUUGUGUUAGCGGAGUUCUUUCAAGACGGUUUGGUGAAACAGGAGACAAUACUGAAAUUGAAGAACCGUUUGCUACGGUGGAUAGAUUCGGAAUUGGAUCGAUAUAGAAAAUGUUUUCCAAACAAGGAAAUAAUUAUAUGCGAGGCGUGCAACGGGCUGCGUUACAAAUACUGAUCAUGUACUAAUGUCAAAUACUAGAUGCCUGCGGGCCAAUGAUAUGUGUGAAAUAUAUUUGAAUAUAUUUUCAUGUUUGAGAAUGUGUGAAACUUAAAUAUUAUCUGCCGUCACAAAACAUCAUAGAAUACUAAAUUAGACGUUCUUGAAGACACUUUCGCGCUAAUAGUUGGUACAGCUUGGGCUUACAACACAGACAUUGUUAUUUCGUACUAAAUGUGUUAAUAAGUUCCGACGGAGCAACGAACUAGCCACACACAUAGUAGCCGUGGUGAUUGUUGCGGCAUUAAAGGAGACGGGGAUUUCUGGGCCAAAAUGUAAUUAGUUGAGAUAUGGUUUAAAAAAAUUGUCAUAUUUUUCUAUUUCAAUAUAUAGAAAAUUACCGUAAUUCACAAUCUAGAAAACGAGAAAAAUCUUAAAAUUAAGUUUUCAUUAUCUUAAAAUUCACGAUUAAAAUGGGAUAUCGAUUACUAUAAUCGAUUAAUGUGAAUGAGUUAAUAAAAUUCAACCCAAAACCACUUGCACCAGAUGAUUGAUUCAAUAAAAGUACCUAAAAAAUACUUUAUAAUUAACAUAACAUAAUGUCUUUAGUAAAAAAAAAAUAUAUAUCAACUUAAUAUUAUGCAGAAAUCGAUCGAAGAAAAAGUCGAUUCUGUAUCUCGUUCUUUAUUUUUAAUCUGUGCAGACAGUGACACGCACAGAAUUGUCUAGAAUGUCAAUUGUCAAUCACUCGUUUCGUAGUAUCGUUUGUGCGUACCUACGCGAUUUAUCAUUUGAGUGUUUCCCAUGUUUUAUUGAUAUUUUCCUUCUUUCUAUUUGACUUCUGAUAUUGCUAAACUUAUACGAUUAUAAUGGUACAAAAAAAAACAAUCUUCUAAUAUAGAUUGUUGCCCAUAUAUUGCAUAACCUCAAUUUUACAUAACCUCCUAUAUAACUUAGCUUUUAGAUUGCCAAAAAUCUUUAAAUUCUCAGUGAUGCUUUUUUAAUUUAUAAGCUAUUUAUUGACACUAAUUUCAUCAUUUUACAUCUUGGCCCAAUAAUGUAUGAAAGGGUAUCCGUCUCCUUUUAAAUCUCAGUUAUAGUAGUCAAAAUAAAAAUUAGAUCAUCGGAGGGGAUCGUCACCUACCAAGAAAUGUUUCGCAUGCUUAUCCGUUACUGACUUCUAAUUAAGAAUUGUUUCCGGUCUCUGUUCUAAUCCCAAGCUAGGGGAUUUCACUACACGGACAUGGCCACAGGCAAGUUUACAGACAUGCCUGACGGGCGUCGCUACUAUAGGUCAGUGCAAUGUUUACUAGGACCGUUGCAGUAAGUCUGGCAGACAUGACUAUUGCACGUCUGUGCGAACUCGAUUUGUCUGUAUGUAUGUGGGAUAACAGAUACAAACAUAACUGAUGAUGAUGGCGACCAUGUGGCGACAGACAUACCCGGCCCAACUGUUCGUGGGCAUGUCCGUGUAGUGACGUAAUAAUUAAGACGCUGCCACUGAUUAGUAUUAGUAUAUAUACACCCGUUACAAAAGUUGAAUUAUAAAUAGAUCUGUAAAAUCACAGACAUAUCAUUAUAUUAUAAUAAUAAUCGAUAUUUUUAUGUAAAAAUUAUUGAUGAAUAUUUGUAUAAAUAUUUAUUUAUCAGGCUUUUUAUAAAUGCUGUUUUUUAUAAAUUAUCAUGUUAAAGUUACUUAUUAUUUAGAUGAUAUUGGCGAGUUAGUAACAUGGGCCUUUGCAUACGUUUAAAUAUUGCCUGUUAUUAGAUAAUAGUUUACUAAAAAUAUUUACGCUAAUAUAUUAUGUAUAUAUAUAUAUGAGUUGAACUCAUUCUGAUUGCGCAUACUUCAAAUUCCAGAGAGGCCAUCUAAAUUGGCUAAAACUAUGUGAUAAGAUUUACCUUUGUCAUGUUUAAUGUUGCUAUACAGGCUGUCCCAAAGUUAUGGGACAUGAAGGGAAAGUACCUUAAAUAUCGAAGAUAGGCUAUUUUACUGGAAGAAGACUUUAUGUUAUUUUUAAAAGUUAGUAAUUCUGCAUUGCUGCAUUCUGCAAAUACUAUGUUACUUAAGAAGGGUUAUUAGUUUUUGGCCAUUCUUUCGAUUGGCAUCAUAAAAGUAGGGGUGCUUUUUUUUUACAUUUCAGUCGCUUCGAUUCCCAGACGAGGCAAGUAAGUUUUAGAAAAUCUUUGAAUGCAGAAAUACUAACUUUUAAAAAUAACAAAGUAUUAUUUCAGUAAAAUAGCCUAUCUUCGAUAUUUAAGGUACUUUCCCUUCAUGUCCCAUAACUUUGGGACACUCUGUAUAUAUUUGAAAUUCUAUUUUGAAUACUGUUUACAAGCUUAGGUAUUGUAAAAUGUAUAUAUUUUUUUAAUAUGUUUGCAUAUACUUUUGAUCCAAAAAGUAUACGCAAACAAAUUAUAACUUCGUAAUGAUGUAACAACUAGGCCAAAACUGUCAUUUAUGUUUCCUUCGUUUGACUAUUGUUUAUUUUGACGACAAAUAAAACCAAUUUAUACAGUAUGGCUGGUGAGACACUAACGAUAUUUAAGCAGAAUACACGGUCCUCGAUUCUCAUUCUACUUGUGUAGUAAAAUUAGCUAUCUAUUUAACAAAUUUUGCUAUAAAUAAAUGAAGUGUGGAAACA